GCAAGCGAAGUCCAAAAUGUCCCAAAAAACGUUGCCACUGCUCUUUAUAAACUUAGGUGGAGAAAUGGUCUAUAUUCUAGACCAAAGAUUACGUGCUCAAAAUAUUCCAGAAGAAAAAGCGAAGAAAGUACUGCACGAUAUAGUGUCCACAAUGUUUCACAAGCGUUUCGUGGAAGAGUUGUUCAAGCCACAGCCUUUGUACUCGAAGAAAGCUCUACGAACAGUAUUUGACCGCCUGGCUCAUGCUUCCAUCAUGAGGUUGAAUGCAGCUAGUAUGGAUAAGCUAUACGAUCUGAUGACAAUGGCGUUCAAGUACCAGGUGUCGCUGUCCCUGACCCCGCGGGACAUCCUGCUCAUCACCCUUAACCACAUGGACGCCAUUCGCAAGUUUGUCGAUGGGCAGGAUGCCAUUUUACAGCAGGUCGAAUAUGUGUACAAGCUUUUGCUAGAGACGUUUGGUUCGAUGACAUCCGGAGGUUUCCAUCUUAUCAGACAGACACUUCUAAACUUUUUCCAGGACAUGCACAUCAGGGUGUCCAUAUUUCUAAAAGACAAGGUUCAGACAAGCAAUGGACGUUUCGUUCUCUCUGCCACAGGGCCGGUUCCCUUUGGUACCCAGAUACCGGGAACCAUCAGAACGUAUGACAGCAGCGGUAAGGAGACAAAGUCAGCUGGUUUCCCUUCCGGCGGAAACUAUCACCAGCAGAUGAAGUCUGGAUCCAUUGACCUGAAGGGAGACAGAGUCACAAAGCUGGGAACCAAUAUGUAUUCUAUUGCAAGACCUGUGGAGACCCAGGCUCUAAAGUCCAGGACUACAACUAUUUCUGACAUUGAAAACCAGGCCCCGGACCCUCUGGCAAAGGCCCAACUAGAUCUUUUGUCCCAGCUUAUAGGUGGCUCAACAACAACAGAAAAGUCCGGGUUUAGACUUAACUUAUUUAGCUCGGACAAAGAAGAAGAACAAGCAGCAGUGUUAUACAAACCAGUCGAAGUGCCAGAGUCACAAGUAGUCCGAAUAGAUGCCUCAAAGAAAGGGAAAAAUGAAGAACUCAGCAGGAUUAUGGGGGAGUUGACAGUGGAAGAAUCCGGUGCAGGGGGUGACGAUGACCUCUUAGAUCUCAUGGACAGUGCAAACUAGACACCAUUACCCUGUGUGGGAAAAUAUAUGGAACAUUCCAUCUUCAACUAAAGUGAAGAAUAUUUUGACCAUUCCAUCUGUAACUGUUAUUUACUAUGUCUAAAACAUUUUAUUUUUCAAUUAAUAUUGUAACUAUUAGCUUAAAGGAGUGAGAGUGGUCUAGAGGUAUAGGUGUCUGCCUCUCACCCAAGAGGUUGUUGGUUUGAUCCCUACCAGGGCUUCUUCAUCAUGACCUCUCUAAAAGGACUCAGUAUUUUUACUGGGUACUUGUUCUUCCCAGACUUAAGAGUGAAUUAUAACAGCUUUAAGCUGUCUGUACAAUUGAGUCAAUUAAGUAUUUUAAAUACAAAAUUUAUAGCUUCUAAAACUGAAACAGAUAACACACUGCCAUUGUAGCUGGUUCUUAAAUUUCCCUCAUGUUAUUCUGUGAUGUUCUAAAAGAUUGUUUUUGAAAUUCCUCUAAGGCAUAGCAAUAAUUUUUCAAUCUUGGAGAUGUGCUUAAACUGCGUGUCAGAGGAAUUUCCGUAUUACAGGAGUUUUGUGUUUUACAUUCGUUCUUUAAAACUUGAGUGUUUUACUUUGCUUAUUUAGAGCAUGGCUUUAUUAGUAUUAUUUUUUUACAUCCAAGGUAUUAUAUUGUUGGAAAAAAUCUUGCACUUAAAGGCAAAUAUCAUUGUUGUAACAUGAAAUUAGGACAGACUCAUGGACUAGCUGUAUUUCACCAGUCACGAAUACAAAUAUUUGAGACCUGUAUAGUUGAUUUAUCCAUAAAUCUUUUUUACAAAGCGAUAGACACAGCUUAUUGUCAAUGACUUUUAAACAAGUUAUACUACAACAAGAUUUUAUCAGAGUCUCAUUAAAUGGUUUGUCAUAUUUAUGAACUUUUGCAUCUGGAAACUUAUGUACAGCAAAAAAAAUCUCGAGAUAUUUGCCUUUGAAACAAAAUCGAUAUAUACCUGACUAAAAAUGAAUGCUACAUGUAUAAAAAUCCAAACCAAAUAUAUUUUACUAUGUGUGUUCUUUUGAUAUUAUACUAUGUUGCUCAUUUUGUUCUACAGUUUCUUUUUCAAAAUAUUUAAUUCUCAACUUAAAUAAUCAAAACAUUUUCAUUAUUUUUAUUUAAUCGGUCUGUUUUAUUUUUGGAAGUUAAGCGAUAACCUUGGUCAAACUGAAACCAUUGCAGGCUUUCAAGCGGGUCCAUCUUUUCCUACUCUUCCCUCCUUUUUUGUUAGACUCCUACUUUUUCUUGAAAAAGCCCUACUAAGAGAAAUAAUAGAAAAGCAUUUACUAAAUGACUUUAUUGAUAUAAUCUAAUUCGUUAUUUUUUGCCAUAGCUUAAUACCUUUCAAGACAUAUGGUUGUUCACAGAGACAGUGGGAUGAUAUUUCAGAAAAGUUAAUAAUUGAAUGUUAUUUAAACACCUUGUAAACUUUCAAAUUGUUGCUGCUCUGGAAGUUUGAUGAAUACAUUUGUAAUCUGCCAUUUUUACUAACCGGACCUGUUUAUACUCGAUAUAUCAUCAAUUAUUUCACUUUUUAAAUAUACCAAAAUAUAACAACAUGUCCUGAUUGCUCAGAACUUUAAAGUAAACAUAGUGAUUAAUGAAAUCAUUGCUUACUUUUAAAGAUGAACUGAAUUUAAAAAAGCAAGUACAGCUAAAACAGUUGUCUCAAAUACUGUUAGGAAAAAAUUAUCCAUGAAACUUCCAGAGCAAUACCGAGAUGAAAGUUAACAAAGAUGAGGAUAAUGAUGUUGUUAACUUAAACAAAGUUUUAACCAAUAGCAGUUUUAUGCUAGAUAUUUACCAGUUAAAAGAUACUCCACUUCUGAAAAUCUCCCCUAAAUUAAAUUUGUAAUGAAUCUGCUCCAAUCACUGGUAAAGUGUUUGGUGAGCUUUCAUUUGGUGUUUUACAUAACCAAUUUUCUGAACUUUGUUUAAGUUAACAAUUAUGCAGAUGAAAAGGGUAUCCAUUAAACUUUCAGAGCAGUAAGGUUUUGAAAGCAAAGAUGACUUUUACAGCAUUGUUAACUUUAAAAUGACACUCUUAAAUCAAAAUCAAUACAAGCACAUGUGUUACAAACAUAAGUUUUGAGUGAUAAACCUUUAACUACUUACUAAAUAAUGCAUUUAUGGAUUUUUUUUUUACUGAUUACAAGAUUGUUAUCAUGUAUUAAAUUCAUGUAGCUGAAAACGCAAAAAUAUUAAAUGAUUGGUGAAUGCUAAAGAUUUACUGUGAUCUUCUAUCGUGUCAUAAGGAAGAAAUACCGCUUUUUUCUGCACCUUUCUUUCAAAUUCGGUAUCCUUCAUAAGAACCAUUGUUUUUGACAUUUAUUCAUCCUUUGUGGCUAAUUAAAACAGUUGAUUUAAUAUUAUUUGGGAGUAAGAGUGCAUUUUUUUUUAAAGUUCUGAACAAUUUGCCGCUGAAAAUACGGGAUGAAAAUGGUUCCCAUCCAGGGAUUGCAGGAUCUGUGUUGGAUUGUAGCUUUAUGUCUUUACAUUAUACGAGCAAUUCUUACAUUUAACUACAACGUGUUCACUUUUUUUUCCCACAUUUCAUGUCAUGUAUUAUUAUAACAAAAAAAUACUGGAGAACUUUAUACAUUGUGUGGUUUCACAUUUGAUACCAUUGUCGGCAACCACGGUACUUUUUUCAGUUACACUUAAUACAUACCAUGGGACAAUUGACUGACAAAAUCUCGUUUUAAUGAAUAUGCAUGAGGCAGAAGAGACAACUCUUCUUCCAAUGAAUUUGCAUGUUACACUCAAAUAUUGUUCAAUAACUUACCAGUGUCAGUAGCCUCCGUGGCCAUGUGGUCUUGACUGCUGCCAAAUAUUAUUGUUCUGAGAAGCGGACCCGGUUAUCAACGGCAAUCGCCAGAUUAUUUUUCAACCGUAAAGCAUCUGGUACUUUGCACAACCAAUAAAACUGCCUCAUAUAUUAUUCAUGAUUAAGAGGUUUUAAGACACAUUGCCCAUGAUACAAAAUAAAGCAUAGCGAAGUGUGUAUCGGGGGUGUCCGACGAUGAUUUGAUGCUGUCUCAUCACCUUUAUUUGCUGUCUUUAUGAUCUGUGAUAUGUUGUGAUUUUGUUUGUUUUUGUAUUUAUUUGAUUGUUGUUUAAAGAUUGUGAUUCAAAGCAUAUCAUAAUUUUAUCUGUUUGUGAAUUAACAUUACGUGAUUAAAUAAGGUACUAUUCUGCAUAACUUUGUAAAUUUAUUGUCAAUUUAAACACAGAUUUAUGUUACAGAAGACAAAUUAAAUAUAUUAACUUGCCGGAAUUAUGAUAAAAAAAUAUAUCCAUCUAUUACGAAUGAUUAUUAGUUGGAUAUUAGUAGAAUAUUUGGAGUGGCAUUAACUGUUUAGUUUGAUUUAUUUAUAAUGUUGAAAUAACUACAUGAAGAUAUAAAACUCUAAUUCUUUGAAAAGCUUUUAUUUACAUGUACAACAAAUUGUUGAUUUUUACGGACUAUUCAUAUUUAAAGUAUAUAUCAAAUUAAUGAGAAUGAGGCACUGAGAUUAUUCUGCUUUAUGACUUAGGAUCUGUAUUGAAAGUGAUUUCAGCUACUCUGCCUUACAUUAGUUCAACAUUUAAUUUCCUAAACCGUAAAUGUCCUAUUAAUCGUGCAUGUCCUUAUAGACGUGCUGGGGGUCUUUUCUUGGGUAUAUUUUCUGAGUCUGUAAUAUGAACAAUGAAUACCUUAACCUCCAAAUAUGCGAUCAAUUCUGAUGAAAAGCAUUUCUUAGUGAUGGCUGCCAUUUUAGGGCAACUGCUGUCCUUAACCUCCAAAUAUGCGAUAAAUUCUGAUGAAAAGCAUUUCUAAGUGAUGGCCGCCAUUUUAGGGCAACUGCUGUCCUUAACCUCCAAAUAUGCGAUAAAUUCUGAUGAAAAGCAUUUCUAAGUGAUGGCUGCCAUUUUAGGGCAACUGCUGUCCUUAACCUCCAAAUAUGCGAUAAAUUCUGAUGAAAAGCAUUUCUAAGUGAUGGCCGCCAUUUUAGGGCAACUGCUGUCCUUAACCUCCAAAUAUGCGAUAAAUUCUGAUGAAAAGCAUUCCUAAGUGAUGGCCGCCGUUUUAGGGCACCUGCUGUCAUCAUGCAUAUAUGGAAAAAAAAUCCCCGUAGUACACAAUGACCUUCUAGAUAGAAUUGCUGAGAAAUUGUGUUUUUCAUGUUUUUGACUUUAAUUAAGUGGAUUGAAAAAAGGUGCCAAGUGGAGGAAAAAAGUGUUUUUGUUUAGCCUGAAGGGUUGUCAAAAAUACACGUGCCAGCGUAUCGAGACCUGUGUGUUUAAUAGGACAAUAACGGUAUCAAAGGUUUUAAUUGAAAAACAGACAAAAUGCUUAUUUUUGUGUUGAUUUAUGUUGUAUCUGAGAUGAGCUCUCAAUAUGUAUUCUAAGUUUCUAGGCUGUUUACAAACAGAUUAAAAGGAAAAAAGGCAUGUUAUUUCAAGUAUUGAAUAAUUAUUUGAUUUGUUAUAUUUAUUAUGAAACAGUAUUUUGUGACCAAAUUGUUGUUCAAAAUAAAAAUAGUAUUGUGAA